GCGCGAUGUAAUCCCGCUCACUCUUCUCCGCAUCGGCUCAGUUUGUCUUGCGGGGAGGCUAUAUAACGCGACGGCCCUGACCAGACUUUGCAACUAGUACCACACCCACCAUCCACCCACCACACAACAUGUCUGGCCCGUACAACAUGGGAUCCGGCGGCGAGCCCGGCGUCGAUCGGCAGACGUACAACCCGCAGGCGGACGCGCGCCUCGACAGCGCCGGCUUCGAGGCCAGCACCGACCCCGAGCUCGUCAGCGUCGCCCCGCGCGGCGCGGACAACCAGCCCACGGCCGUCAACGCCGCGCGCGAGGACAAGGAGGCGGAGGAGAGCGAGCUCAGCGGGCGGAUCCCCAAGGGGGAAGUCGACGCGCUUGUGGGCGAACUCGGCCCGGACGAGCGCAACGUCCGCGGCAAGACGCGCGGGGUGCGGGUCGACGCGUACAAGCAGGAGAAGGACCUUGACAAGGCGUUGGCGGAUAUCGACCGUGCCGAGCAGGACGUGGAGAUUGGCGCUGCUGACGGGCGCCAUGGGCUGUGAGGAGCGUUGAGCGAAGACAUAUGGAAAUUACUUGUAUUGUUAUUGUAUUUCGCGCAUUAGUGCUGUAUAAUGAAGUGUAACUGCGCCGGGAAAGCUAGGGCGUCUGAGGUUACUCACGC